AACGUCGCAAGAAAAGACUGUGGUGUUUAUAUGAUGGUGUUCCGCUUGAAGAAGAUAGUGAUUGUUCCGUAAUGGAAAGUGUUUACGAAGAUCAAGACACAGAUGAUGACUCAGAUAGUGAAGAUGAAGAUCGUAACGAGGAUGAACAAACCAGUGAUCACAUUGUUAAAAAGAAACGGCAUCGUGUGUCUCGCGUUAUUACAGAAUAUGAAGAUGAAGAAAUGCUAAAAGAUAAGAUAAUUAAAGAUUAUGUAAGGGUCUCACAAUUACAGGAUGAAAAGAUCGAAAUUGCUGAUAAAGCUCUGGCACUAGUCGAAAGGCAUAUAAAACGCCUUGAUGAAGAUUUCGAUAGCCUAUUUCCUCAGCAUAAUCUUCGCGAAAAUCUUCAGGAAUCUUCUACUGAAACUUCAGCGAGUCCAUCCAGGUUAGAUUCUCUAGUGACAGUCCAACCAACAUCACAUCAUAUAAAUGCCUUACCAACACCACAAACGGCAACUAGGACACCUUUUCAUCAACCAAUUGCAGCAGUAACACCUUUGUCUGCAUCCACUUUUCCUAAUACCGCAUUCGACUAUAAUAAAAUUUAUUAUCCCUCAUCAAGCGCUGAGUCUGAGGAAAUUC